GGCGCAGUAUUUGUUCUACAGAUUUCCGCCGGCACUCUUAAACUCGAUUCUUUGCGCCUCCCAAAUUCUCGCAUUGGCUCCAACGAGACGCCGAUCCUCUCGACACUGCAGGGCCUGAGCAACUGCUCAAUUCGACCCUCCUCCACGCGCACACGCGCAUAAUACCCCCCAGCCGCCGCCAUGUCUCGCGCACCUACCGGGAGCGGCAGCUCCAGGAAGAUCUCCUUCAACGUGUCAGAGCAGUACGAUAUCCAGGAUGUGGUUGGAGAGGGCGCUUACGGUGUUGUAUGCUCCGCGCUGCACAAGCCGUCGGGUCAGAAGGUCGCCAUCAAGAAGAUUACGCCUUUCGACCACUCCAUGUUCUGCCUGAGAACUCUGCGAGAAAUGAAGCUGCUCAGGUACUUCAACCACGAGAACAUCAUCUCAAUCCUCGACAUCCAGAAGCCUCGGAACUACGAGACUUUCACCGAAGUCUACCUCAUCCAGGAACUCAUGGAGACGGACAUGCACCGCGUCAUCCGCACCCAAGAGCUCUCGGACGACCACUGCCAAUACUUCAUCUACCAGACGCUGCGCGCCUUGAAAGCGAUGCAUUCCGCGAACGUUCUACACCGUGACCUCAAGCCCUCCAACCUCCUUCUGAACGCCAACUGCGAUCUCAAGGUCUGCGACUUUGGACUUGCGCGAUCUGCAGCGUCGACCGAGGACAACUCAGGUUUCAUGACGGAAUACGUCGCUACUCGUUGGUACCGAGCACCGGAGAUAAUGCUCACAUUCAAGGAGUACACCAAGGCUAUCGACGUGUGGAGUGUAGGCUGCAUAUUGGCAGAGAUGUUGAGCGGCAAGCCUCUAUUUCCAGGGAAGGACUAUCACCACCAGCUGACCCUCAUCCUCGAUGUGCUAGGCACUCCGACUAUGGAGGACUACUACGGUAUCAAGUCUCGUCGUGCUCGGGAGUACAUCCGCUCGCUUCCGUUCAAGAAGAAGAUCCCGUGGAAGGCCAUGUUCCCCAAAACUUCUGACCUCGCUUUGGACCUGUUGGAGCGGUUACUUGCGUUCAACCCUGUCAAGCGCAUCACGGUCGAGGACGCUCUGAAGCACCCUUACCUUGAGCCGUACCACGACCCGGAUGACGAGCCGACUGCGGAUCCGAUUCCGGAGGAAUUCUUCGACUUUGACAAGAACAAGGACAACCUCACCAAAGAGCAGCUCAAGCUCCUCAUCUAUCAGGAGAUUAUGCGAUAAUUUCCUCU